AUGCCGACGACGACGACGACUCUGCUGGUGCUGCUGGCGGCCGUCCUGACGGGCUUCGUCGGGACGAGGCUCGCCGCCGCCGACUUCGUACACCCGCCGCCGUACCUCUCCGGCUCGAACAGGUAUCAGGACAACCCGCGCUAUGCGUGGGGGAGCAACGUCACCAUCGAGUGGAGGAACUCGUACUCGAACAACACCGACCUGGUACUGGCGCUUGAGUUCCCCCGGAAGAUUGAGCAUCCCGACAAGGCUACGUUCAAUCUCAUCUAUGAAAACAUGACGAGCGGGACCACGAGCCGGACAUGGAACGUGAGCCUCUUCGGCGACGAGGCCCUCGUGCCCGCCGGCUCCGACGCCAUAUGCUACUUUGCGCUCAUCUUCGCGGGCACCAACAUCGGCAUGUUCUCGUCGACGUACUUCAACGUAACCCUCCCCAACAAGGCGGGCGCCUCUCCGACCGCGAGCUCUCCGACCCUGGCCCCGACCGACACAGCCGCGCCGUCCGCGACAGGCGACGCCUCGUCCGGCGACUCGUCGUCGUCGCUCUCGCACGGCGCCGCGGCGGGCAUCGGCGUGGGCGUCGCGCUGGGCUGCCUCCUCAUCCUGGGCGGCCUGGGCUUCGUGCUGUGGCGCCGCCGGAAGGCGCGGCGGGAGGCGGCCCGCGCGGCGGAGGCCGAAGACGCAUCCCGGGCGGCCGAGGAGCAGGGGAAGCAACAGGAGCAGCAGCCGCCGGAGCUGGAACUAGGAUCGGGGCCGCAGGAGUUCUUUGCCGGCGCGGCGGCCGACGGGUGGGACAAGAACAAGCCGCUGGUGAUCUCGGAGCUGGACGGCGGGCAGAGCAGUUUUGUGCACGAGAAGUCGUGA